AUGUAUAGAAAAAGUUAUCUUCUUCUUUGUUUAAUAUUGCUGGCUUUAGAAGCAACCGCUAAACCCAAUAUUAAAAACUUGGAAAAAGAAGACCUUGCUUUUUCCGAUUUUUUGAUAAAACAAGCGGAAAUUGCGGACCAAUAUGACAGUGAAGAGCAUAGAGUCGGUGACUUACCUUGGGCAAAUGGGGAGUUGCCACUCGAAAGGCACUAUGCCGGCUAUAUUCAUAUACGUUCUUUUGAAGCUUUUCAAAAAAAAGGAAACGCAAGCUUAUGGCUUCAAGGUGGUCCAGGAUCGAGCUCUAUGAUCGGAUUAUUCAAUGAGAUGGGUCCAUUUAAUGUCACAUCAGAUAUGAAACUAAUAAGAAAUUCGCAUACAUGGAAUAAAAAUUAUGGAAUGCUAUUUAUUGAUCAACCAGUCGGAACUGGAUACUCUUUUGUAGACCCUCCAUGCCAAACAAUUUUAACAGAUGCUGAAAGUUCACACGUUUAUCAAUGUCAAGGGGAAAAUGACGGAAAUCAUUGGAAACAUAAAAAAUCUACAAGCCUUGAACAAACUAUUAUUCGUAAAAUAGAGUCUUUUUUCAUUUCUCGUAAAUCUCAUCACACAAAAAAUGAUGAUCCUUGCUAUAUGGAAGGAUAUGCCAGUAAUCAAAAAGGAAUUUCAAAAGACUUGUUAGUGUUCUUACAAAAAUUCUAUCAACGUUAUCCAGAACAGAAGCUUGGUGAAUUGUAUAUAGCCGGUGAAAGUUACGCAGGCAAAUAUGUACCUUCAUUUGCUACCGCCAUUCAUAAACAUAAUACUUAUUUACGGCAAUAUAGAAAAUAUGGAGAUAUCUUUCCGCUUGCCGGUAUCGCUAUAGGCAGUGGAUUGACUGAUCCAAUUACUCAAGUCAAAGUUCUCGGAGAACAAGCCUAUCAGUUUGGGCUUGUUUCAAGAAGCGAUGCAGACCAUAUAAAUCAACUAGCUGCACAGGUCGUUAUUCAAAUUCAGAAAAAUGAUUUCUUAGGAGCUAGAGAAAUUCGAAAUAGAAUGUUUGGAUAUUGGCAAAAUGUUACCGGGAUCAUGAAUUAUUAUGAUAUUCGAAGAACCAAAAUGCAGAAUGAUUGGAGUUUGAUGGAACGAUUUCUUAAUAUACCGGAAAUCAAGAAAGCCGUCAAUGUUGGCAAUCGGCGAUAUUAUAAAGAUGCCUCAGGUGAUAUUAUGAAAUCUACUGCGCACCUGUUUCCUAUGCUAAUAGAAAAUUAUAAAGUGGUGCUCUUUCAAGGGAACAUGGAUUUUCGUGAUGGGGUUGUUGGAAAUAGCGAAUGGUUGUAUUCAUUAGAAUUUAAAGGUGCUGAAAUCUUUAGGAAAAAGCCACGCAAGAUUUGGCGUAUAGAUGACAACGUGGUUGGUUACUCUACACAAUCAAGAAACCUUUCCAGGAUUAUAUUCCUGCAAUCUGGUCAUUAUAUUCCCCUAGAUCAACCAAUUGCAUCAUUAGAGAUGAUAACACGUUUUAUUGAAAAUGAUCCAUUUUAG